CCUUACUAUAAUGAUUCCCAAUUACAAGUUAUGUUCAGCCCAAAUAUAAAUUCGUAGAGUCCGUUUCCGGCCGAAAUAUUUAAAAAAAGACCUACCCCUCUAUAAAAAUGAUAUGAUGGCAAAACAAACCCGCACUCGCUUACCGAUUCCCGCCCCGGCAGCUUAGCUCCAGGCGUCAUAACCCCCCACCCUGCUCCCCCCUCCGUCUCAACACUCGCACUUUUGCAACUUUUGUAACCACAAAACACACUUCUCAAUACCGCCUUUUUUUCUACACCCUCACAGCUCCCUACAGUGUUAAGCGAUUCCAAGAUGUCGUGGCAAGCAUAUGUUGAUAGCAGGUACACUACCCAUCCCCGACCCAUACAAUGAGAGAAUGAACGAGGGGGCCUACGAAAUGCACCGGCGACGACAUGAUGGGACUACAAUGUCGAGAUGGAAUACAUGCUGAUGGGGGACAUAGCUUGGUGGGCUCCGGCCACUCAGACAAGGCCGCCUUGAUCAGCGCUGCAGGCGACAGCGUGUGGGCCAAGACCCCAGGCUUUGAGGUUAAGCCAGAGGAGAUGCAGAGCAUCGUUGCGGCACUAGCAGGCGGCGCGGCAGCAGACAAGCUGUGGACAGAGGGCCUUCACGUUGCAGGGGAGAGGUUCGUCGUGUUCAAGGUUGAGGGACGGAGUAUCUACGGCCGCCAGGGCAAGAACGGUAUCGUGAUCGCCAAGACCACACAGGCCAUCAUCGUCUCGCAUUACGGCGAGAAUGUCGUUGCAGGCAACGCUGCCCAGACCGUCGAGACCCUCGCUGACUACCUCGUUGGUCUGGGCUACUAA